AUGAUCGAAGAUACUGUUCAACGAACUAAACAUAGAACGAAACCAAUUCGUCAACUAUUAAAGAAAUUCCUCCAUGAUUGGUCAUUAGAUUUAGCUUCGAUGCUCGCUUAUAACUUGUUAGUGGCAAUUUUACCGAUUGCUAUAAUAGUCUUCGGACUUCUUGGUUUGAUUCUACGAAACUCUCCAGAACAUCAAGAUGAUUUGAAAAACAAAAUCAUCCAAUCAUUUCCUACUGAUAACACAACACAAGGUGGCAUAAAACAAAUCGUCGAUCUUGCUUUCAAUCAAUUAUCAAAUGAUGCUGGACUUAUUUUUGUUAUUGGCAUCCUUUUAGCAAUGUUCGGUUCCUCUCGAUUGUUCAUUGCAAUCGAUCAAUCGAUGACAAUUAUUUAUCGUUUACCCGAACGUUCAUUUUUUCGACAAAAUUUAAUGGCACUCGGUACUCUAUUUCUUUUGAUUAUUGUCAUUGUUUUAAUGCUUACUGCGAGCUCAGUUCCAACAGCAGUGAUGAACAGUGUGUCUAGUGGUGGCGCUCGAUUUGGAGUUUUUCUGGCGGGGAUUGCUCUAUCAUCCAGUAUUGCCUUUGCUCUUUUCGAAAUCAUUUACUGGCUGGUGCCGAAUAAAAAGAUGAGUUUUAAAACAACAUGGCGUGGUGCGUUGACAGCUGCUGUUACCAUAGAAAUAUUCAUCAUUUUGUUUCCUCUCUACGUACGGCAGUUUAUGAGUAAUUAUGCUGGCCAAAUCGGUUUCGCUGUGAUUCUUAUUCUUUUCUUUUAUUACUUUGCAAUUAUUCUCAUCAUUGGUGCACAAAUCAAUGCAUAUUAUGUUGAACACUACAAACCACUACCUGAUCCACUUGGAACAUAUUUGAGUAAAUUAUAUGGCGAACAUACUUCGACAACAGUUGAUGAUCAUACGGAACAGAAUAGACAUGGAUGUUUUUGUCGUACGGAUGGUAGUGCAUUGAAUCAGUUUAUUACAACCGGUUGCCAUUUUCUAUCGAUUGAUUCUCAUCAUAAUAUCUAUUUUGCGCAUUACUUCGAUAAUCGUGUGAUAGAUUUCAGCCUCAAUGUGUAUGUCGUAGAAAAUACCAUUAUUCAAGUAACGAAAUGGGCUCCAAAUACAGCAAUGAGCACUCUUCUUGCUGGAAGCACAACUUUGCUAGAUACGUUAUUGAUCCGAUCAUUUACUACCACAGUUGAUUCCUCCAAUGGCACAAUUGUAGCUGGCAAUUUUGGUUCUCCAAGAUUGUCACCAACACAAUUUAGUUCCACAACUGAUAUAACACACGAUCAGUGGUCGAAUAUCUACGUAGCCGAUUUUGAAAAUUCUCGAGUUGAAUUAUUCUGCAGUAGACGUACGACUGGUAUAACUAUUGUUAGAAUUAGCACAGGUGGCAGCUCUCUCUCUAUGGGAUAUCAUGUAAGAAAAAUUCUUCAAACUCUGAAAUCAUGA